GAAGCUGGGCCGCGGCGGUGUCUGCCGGUGGCGGAGGCGCCAUGGGCAAGCUGCGCCGGCGGUACAAUGUCAAGGGGCGCCUGCAGGCGGGCCCCCCGCCCUCGAAGGGCGCACCGGAACCGCCCCCCGUGCGACUGGAGCUAGAGGACAAGGACACGUUGAAAGGCGUAGAUGCAAGCAAUGCACUUGUCCUGCCCGGGAGGAAGAAAAGGAAGACCAAGGCACCACCCCUGUCCAAGAAAGAGAAGAAGCCUCUGACCAAGAAGGAGAGGAAAGUGCUGCAGAAGGUCCUGGAGCAGAAGGAGAAGAAGAGCCAGCGAGCAGAGAUGCUGCAGAAACUGAGCGAAGUCCAGGUGUCGGAGGCCGAGCUGAGACUUUUGUACACGACAUCCAGGCUGGGCACUGGGGAGCGCAUGUACCAACCCAAAGUGAAGCCCACAGAGCCGGCAGCCCAGGGUCAGAUCAGCAGCCUCCGCGGAGCCCUCCGCAAGCGGUGCCGCCAGCCAUCCUCAGAGGAGGAGUCCGAGUCCUCAGAGGAGUCUGAGCCUGAUGAGGCCCUGGCCACCCACGGGGAACCAGCCACAGCGCACCAGCCACCAGCCCUGCCUGGGAAAGGGGACGAGCGCUCCACGGCCCACAGUCAGCCCACUCCAGCCAGGACCCUGACACCUUUGCAGACUGCAGCUGCCGCCCUACCCAGGCCCCCAGCCAAGCCCGCUGUUUUCAUCCCCGUGAACCGCACCCCGGACAUACAGGAAGAGCGGCUCAAGCUGCCAAUCCUCUCUGAGGAGCAGGCCAUCAUGGAGGCAGUGGCCGAGCACCCCAUCGUCAUCGUGUGUGGAGAGACGGGCAGUGGGAAGACCACGCAGGUGCCACAGUUCCUCUAUGAAGCAGGCUACAGCAGUGACGGCAGUGUCAUCGGCGUCACCGAGCCCCGCCGCGUGGCUGCUGUGGCCAUGUCCCAGCGCGUAGCCAAGGAGAUGAAUCUGUCGCAGCGGGUUGUCUCAUACCAGAUCCGGUAUGAAGGAAACGUGACCGAUGAGACCAGGAUCAAGUUCAUGACAGAUGGUGUGUUGCUCAAGGAAAUCCAGAAGGACUUCCUGCUGCAGAAGUACAGGGUGCUGAUUGUGGACGAGGCCCACGAGCGCAGCGUGUACACCGACAUCCUCCUCGGCCUUCUGUCCCGCAUCGUGGCUCUCCGGGCCAAGAGGCAGCUGCCGCUGAAGCUGCUGGUCAUGUCAGCCACGCUGCGGGUGGAGGACUUCACCCAGAACACACGGCUCUUCCCCAAGCCACCCCCAGUCAUCAAGGUCGAGUCCAGGCAGUUCCCGGUGACAGUGCAUUUUAACAAGCGGACACCACUGGAUGACUACAGUGGGGAGUGCUUCCGGAAGGUCUGCAAGAUCCACCGGAUGCUGCCAGCAGGUGGCAUCCUGGUGUUCCUGACAGGCCAGGCAGAAGUGCAUGCACUGUGCCGCAGGCUCCGGAAGGCCUUCCCAGCCUGCAGAUCCCAGCCACAAGAGGAGGAGGAGAGGAAAGAGUCAGCGGAAGAGAUGCGGAAGUUUAAGAAGUCCCAGGCGAGGGCCAAGAAGGCUCAGGCUGCGGCACUGCCCAAGAUCAACCUGGACAAUUACUCCGUGCUGCCGGCGGGUGAAGGCGACGAGGACAGGGAGGCGGAGAUGGACGAGGAGGAGGAGGCCCUGGGCUCCGACCUCGAUCUGGAUCUUGGGGAUGACGGAGCAGAUGGAGGUGAGCAGCUGGACGCCUCCCUGCCCCUGCAUGUGCUUCCGCUGUACUCCCUGCUGGCCCCAGAGAAGCAAGCACAGGUCUUCAGACCUCCCCUGGAGGGAUCAAGGCUGUGCGUCGUGGCCACCAAUGUGGCCGAGACGUCCCUCACUAUCCCCGGCAUCAAGUACGUGGUAGACUGCGGGAAGGUCAAGAAGCGCUACUAUGACCGUGUCACCGGUGUGUCCUCCUUCCGCGUCACCUGGGUCUCCCAGGCUUCAGCUGACCAGCGGGCAGGACGGGCUGGCCGGACGGAACCAGGCCACUGCUACAGGCUGUAUUCCUCCGCGGUCUUUGGGGACUUUGAGCAGUUUCCUCCACCGGAAGUCACCCGCAGGCCCGUGGAGGACUUGAUCCUGCAGAUGAAAGCUCUCAACAUUGAAAAGGUCAUAAACUUCCCGUUCCCAACGCCUCCCUCUGUGGAAGCUCUUGUUGCUGCUGAGGAGCUGCUGAUUGCACUGGGGGCCCUGCAGGCGCCCCAGAGAGCAGAAAGGAUGAAGCAGCUCCAGAGGUCCCGGCUCAGUUGUCCCAUCACCACACUGGGCCGCACCAUGGCCACCUUCCCGGUGGCCCCCCGCUACGCCAAGAUGCUGGCCCUGAGCAGGCAGCAUGGCUGCCUGCCCUACGCCAUUGCCCUCGUGGCCGCCAUGACUGUCCGCGAGCUGUUCGAGGAGCUGGACAGACCAGCUGCCAGUGAAGAGGAGCUUGCUAUGCUGACGAGCCGGAGGGCCCGGGUGGCCCGGAUGAAGAGGGCCUGGGCUGGGCAGGGAGCCUCUCUGCAGCUUGGGGACCUCAUGGUGCUGCUGGGCGCUGUGGGAGCCUGUGAGUUCGCCAGCUGCUCACCUGAAUUCUGCCAGGCCAACGGGCUGAGGUUCAAGGCCAUGCUGGAGAUCCGGCGCCUGCGAGGCCAGCUGACCACCGCAGUCAACGCUGUGUGCCCUGAGGCUGGGCUCUUUGUGGACCCCAAGAUGCAACCUCCCAGCGAGAGCCAGGUGACCUACCUGCGGCAAAUCACCACAGCCGGCCUGGGCGACCACCUGGCCCGCAGGGUGCAGAGUGAGGAGCUGCUGGACGACAAGUGGAAGAACGCGUACAAGACCCCGCUCCUGGACGACCCAGUCUUCAUCCACCCCAGCUCCGUGCUUUUCAGAGAGCUCCCUGAGUUCGUGGUCUACCAGGAGAUCGUGGAGACCACCAAGUUGUACAUGAAAGGUGUCUCUGCCGUGGAGGUUCAGUGGAUCCCAGCCCUGCUGCCCUCGUACUGCCAGUUCGCUGCACCCCUGGAGGAGCCGCCCCCCGCCUACUGCCCCGAUAAGGGCCGGGUGCUGUGCCACCGUGCCAGCGUGUUCUAUCGUGUCGGCUGGCCACUGCCCCCAGUGCAGGUGGACUUUCCCCAAGGCAUUGACUGCUACAAGCACUUUGCCCGCUUUCUGCUGGACGGGCAGGUUUUCCGCAAGCUGGCCUCCUACAAGGGCUGUUUGCUGUCCAGCCCCAGCACAGUGCUGAAGACCUGGGCCAGGCUGCAGCCAAGGACAGACAGCCUGCUGAGAGCCCUUGUGGCCGAGAAGGCCGACUGUCGUGAUGCCCUGCUGGCAGCUUGGAAGAAAAACCCCAAAUACCUGCUGGCCGAGUACUGCCAGUGGCUCCCACAGGCCGUGCACACCAACAUCGAGAAGGUCUGGCCCCCCAUCUCUGACCGCUGAGCGGACACCUGGUGAACAAGGGGGCUGACAGUGCCCAGCCCCCUGCGCUGCUCCUGGGACGCAGGGCAAGGCCCUGAAACCCUGGCUCAUCUCAGCCUGAUACUGGACAGGGCUCACCACUGCCCUGGUCAUGUUUGCCUUUUAUGCUUGUUUAUCACAGAUGGACAGGUUUUAUGUCACAUGUCAGUUCCUGGCCUACACGUGCUCUCGGGCUACAUUAGCCUCAGCAAGAGGGCCCCAGAACCCUCCAGGUGGCAGACACUGCCCAGAACUCUGCCCCAACCUCAGAGGGCUUCGUAUGGAAGGUUGCCAUGAGGACCUUUGUGUACUGUGGCCUUGAGUGGACAUCUUGUCCCCUGAUGGCAGCUCUCAGUGGCAGGGCACUGACUGGCUGUCCUUUGGCCAUGCUGUAGAUCAUGGGCCUGGUCCCACCAGGGCCACAGAACUGUUCUGCUGACCUUGCUAGGGUUCCCUCUCUCCCUGGGGCUAAGGUGGAAGGUAGAGGGCCAGGGAUAGGUCAGGCUUUUCAUCACUGUGACAAAAGACCUGACAGGAAAAGCCGGGUGCUGACGGCUCUUGCUGGUAAUCCUGGGUACUUGGGAGGCAGAGAUCAGGAGGAUGGAGAUUCAAGGACAACCCUAGCAAACAGUUUGUGAGACCCCCAUCUCCAAAAUAACCAAAGGAAAAUGGCUCUGGAUGUGUGGCUCAAGUGUGCAGUGCCCUGAGUUCAAACUCCAGUCCCACAAGGGGGAAAAUAAAAAUAUACUCAGGCUGAAGAAAUUCCUUUUGUGUCACAACUGGAAGUUUUGAUUUGCAGUGUGGGCUCUGACAUAGGGGAUGUCUGCUGUGGCUCUGAGCUGAGACAAGAAGGGAUGCUUCAGGAAGUUCACAGAGGCCUCCUGGGUUUGAGGUUGGGGGGGUGCAUACAAAGUGCUGUUCACUGCUCACGAAGGGCCACAUCAGCUAAAAACAGGUUAGAAGCAAGGAGUUUCCCAGAUGGAUCACCACAGUAUGGUUUCCUGAGGUUUUAGUCGACCAUUGUAAAACUAUGCAUUUCUACAAUAAAAUGAGUUCACAAAUAAGAUACUGCUUUACACCGUAAUAAAAAUAUUAGUACUUAAAAAAAAUCCUCAUUGCAAAAGAAAUGUUCAUUUGUGUUGAUGUCUGCCUUGUUGAGGUGCUCUGAAAGCGAGCAGGGUUUCUAACUCAGUCCCACGAGCUUGGCCUUGACCUUGUGCUCUCACUGGGCCUUUCCUUCUGCCUUCUCUAUGGGGUUUAGGUUGAGGAUUUUCUGAGGCUGUGAAUAAGUAAUCACACAAGUAGUCUUAAAAAAAACUGGCUAGUGAUUAAAUGACAUCCUGCCUUAAAAACAAAAUAAAGCCGGACUCCGGUGGCUCACGCCUGCAAU